AUGUCAUCCACCACUGCGGUGGCCCCUUUGUUGUUGCCGCCCGACGCAGUCAACAAGCUUCCUACGACACGCGAUGUCAAGAUUCUCGAUGCCACCUGGUUCAUGCCGAACUCGACGCGUAAUGCCAGGAAAGAGUUUGCGACACGGCGCAUACCACGGGCUCAGUAUCUUGACCUUGAUGAAGUCGCCACUCCCAGUGAACUGGGUCUCAUGCAUAUGAUGCCCAGCGAACGCAUCUUCGCUAACGCAUGCGAACGGUUUGGUAUAACCCCGAGUACCCAUGUCAUCCUCUACGAUGGUCACGGGGUGUUCUCUUCGCCUCGCGCACUCUUCAUGUUCAGGACAUUUGGGCACACUAACUCAAGCGUGAUCGACGGUGGGAUUCCUCGUUGGCUGGCAGAGGGAUUUCCCAUCGAACAAGGCGAACCCCAACCCACUCACGAGCAGACUACCUACCCAGUUCCCGAAUUAAAGACGUCAUUAAUACAAUCUUAUGACCAGAUCGUAAAGAACAGCCAGAUGUCCCCAAGUGACACGGCCCAGAGCCUCAUCCUUGAUGCCCGUGCGCGAGCUAGGUUCGACGGAACAGCACCCGAACCCCGACCUGGUCUUCCCUCUGGUCAUAUCCCUGGAUCGUUCUCCCUACCGUUUACAACGUUCCUGAGGGAACACCGUUCUCCCAAUGGAGAUACAUAUACUACCAUGUUACCGACCCCCGAUUUACACCGAGCGCUGCUAAAUGCUGUUGGCCCCGCAGUCGCCGAAUCGAUUAUCAACGGGGAUAAAAGGAUUAUCACAAGUUGUGGUAGCGGAAUGACCGCCGGCGUGCUUUGGUUGGGACUUGAAUUAUUGGGCGCGAAAGCAGUGGCGUUGUAUGAUGAGUCAUGGACAGGAUAUGCCUUGCGAUCGUCCAGUAAAAUCGAGACGUCGACAUGA